GAUUAAGAAAGCUAGGUCCAGGAAAAACACGACCCUCAUUCAUCGACCAAUGCUCCAAACAUUCCAUUCCAACCCUCUCUCUCUCUCUCUCUAGAUUUGGCCAUGGCAUUUCUGGCUUCAGUCUCAGCUACCCCUCUCUCCUUCUCCAUAGCUUCCCCGCGCCCUACAAGUACAACAAGAACAAGAACAACUCACAAACGAUCGUCCCCUACUGUUACUCCACUUGCUGCUUUGAGCUCAUCGCCUUCCUCUGGUUCAUCAUCGCCCCCACCAAAGUCCUUUGUGGAAUCACCUAAAAUCCCAGAAAACGGAUUCAACUACGCACUAGCCGGCCCAAAUGGCAACAACCCUUUUCUUCGCUUCUUUCAGUCCACCGAGUCCUCCAUUGAAAGGGCAAUAUUUGACUUCCGCUUUUUGGCACUUUUUGCUAUCGCGGGUUCAUUGGCUGGUUCUUUGCUGUGCUUUCUGAAUGGCUGUGUGUACAUAGUUGAGGCAUACAAAGUUUACUGGACGAGCUGUGUCAAAGGGAUACACACAGGAAAGAUGGUACUACUGCUAGUUGAAGCUAUUGAUGUGUAUCUUGCUGGGACUGUCAUGUUAAUUUUUGGUAUGGGCUUAUAUGGUUUAUUUAUAACCAAUGUAUCUCCUGAUGUCCCUCCAACUGUUGACCGUGCUCUAAAGGGGUCUUCCUUAUUUGGGAUGUUCGCUUUAAAGGAAAGGCCUAAAUGGAUGAAAAUCAGCUCGCUUGACGAACUGAAGACGAAAGUCGGACACGUUAUUGUCAUGAUUCUUUUGGUGAAGAUGUUUGAGAGGAGCAAGAUGGUGACUAUAGCCACUGGAUUGGAUCUGUUGAGCUAUUCUGUUUGUAUCUUCUUGUCUUCUGCUUCCUUGUACAUACUUCACAAUCUGCACAAAGACUAACAUUGCCCCAAAACACAAGUUAGAGAUAUUGUGUAAAAUCUUAUCUUUGGUUGCCAGUAAUGAAAUUGUAGUUAACUUUGUAUUACAAAAAAAAAAAAACUAUCUUGGAUCGUAUUUUUUGUUUAUUACAGUCUGUUGAUGCUCUUACUAUUCCAGCUUCAGAAAGCUGAAUGAUUUUGGAAUAAGGAAAGGACUGGAUGAUCAAAGAAAGGAAAGGAUUGGGUC